AUCACGGAGGCGUCUCCGCCAGCAGCUGGCGAACAGUGGCCGAAACCAUUAUCUUGCUCUUAGGCUAUCCGCACCGAGCGAGGUGGGACGCGCGCCACCCGCAUCCUCCUCCUCAGCCGCCGCCCGAGCCCCGCACUGCGCCCCGCUGCCGGCGUCCCUCCUCCGCCGCCGCCAGAUCCCUCCUCCGUGCUGCCGGAUCCGCCUUCCCCCGCCCCGCCGCCGCCGCCGCCGCCGGAUCCGGCCUCGUCCUCCGCCGCCGCGACCGGAUUCGGGCUCCUCCGCGGCGGCGACGGAGCCAGACAGCACGGCACGCAGACGCGCAGGGCGCUGGUGCUGGCCGGCGGCCGUCAAGCACGGCGCUGCCACCGGCGGGGCGGCGCGCCUUCAGCAGCAGCCCGGCCACGGUCGGCGGGCUCACGCCUCCCCGCUCGCGGCAGCGGGUCCGGCGGCGGCCCUGACUCGCCGUCUCGUGGCCAGGCUCUACGGCGGCGGCUGCUCGGCUCUGAGCCCCCACUGGUAUGGGCGUCUUGAUCUGCGCCUGCCUGCUCCAGCUGCUGCUCCUGGGCGCUUCUGGGGUGGCGGCGCAGUCGCAGCCGCCGUCGCCGGCCAGGAUCCUCGACGCCACGCUGCAGUACUACGCGUCCCGCGCGUUCGUGCGCCCGCGCACCGGCAUUGUCUUCAAUGCCACCGUCCCCGCCAACGUCACCGGCAUUGCCGUCUCCGCGCUCCGCCUGCGCAGCGGCAGCCUCCGCCGGAAGGGCUUCGCGGGCUACUUCGAGUUCGGCGUCCCCACCGGCGUCGUCGUGCAGCCGUACGUCGAGCGGGUGGUGCUCGUCUACCACAACCUCGGCAACUGGUCCGACUACUACUACCCGCUCACCGGCUACACCUACCUUGCGCCCGUGCUCGGGCUGCUGGUCUACGAUGCGGCCAACUUGUCGGCCGUGGGUCUGCCGGAGCUCAACAUUGUCGCGUCAGAGAGUCCGAUUUCCGUGAGUUUCGGCAAUGUCAGGGCAGUGCCGACGGGCAGUGCAGCGCCGCGUUGUGUGGUGUUCGAUUUGAAUGGCGCGCCGCAUUUCCGGGACCUGGAGGGAACCAAUGUGUGCUCGACGUUUCACCAAGGGCACAUCUCAAUAGUGGUGAACUCCAGCGAGAUUGCUCCUCCUCCAGCUCCAUCUGGUCCAGUUGCCCCGCCGAUACCAACUUCAGGAGGUGGUGCAAAGGGAAGCUCACAGGCGUGGAAGAUUGCGGUCAGCGCGGUUGGGGCUGCCGUAGGAUUGGGGCUGCUGGCUUCUCUUGUGCUGUGCUUGGUGAGGCACAAAAGGGGUAAAAGGCUUGAGCUGAUGGAACGGAAUGCGGAGAUUGGGGAGACAUUGCGGAUGGCGCAGGUUGGGCAGACGCAGGCACCUGUGGCGUUGGGGACACGGACACAACCGGUGAUUGAGAACGAUUAUGCUGCAUAGUAUUCUUUGAUCUUUGUGUAACCAAAGACCUCAUGCUGAUGGCUAGAGAUGAGAUUGUCCAUCGGUUGGUUGAGGCAGCAGAUUUUCCAUAUCCAUGAUGGCGAUGCUAAUUGUGCUAAUUUCAGAGCUCAGGAUCUGCUCCAUGAAGGUUCAUCACAUUCUUUCGGUGGGUUUGUUUCGAAGCUUAAGUUUUGAAGUGCAAGCAGUGGCUGUUCUUCAUGUUCGUAAUUGCCAUGUUCAUAUGUCGGGAGUUUCUUUCAUCUCCAACCAAGCAAUGGAGGGGAAAUGUUUGUCUAUCGCACUUGGGAUCCUCAGUUAUUUUUUUGGGUUGCUGUAUUCAAAGGAAAUGGGCUUGGCAAUAAAUCUGAGGCUCCAGGAUGAAGGUAGAAGAAGCAGUAUGAGCUGUGAAAAUGGAGUCACUUUGGAUGUUCUGUUGGGUGUCAGGCACAGCUUUCUGAAGCUGCCUGCUGGCGCAUCUCGCCUUUCUUUUGGCCUCACAGCUCAUGCGCGCUGGCAGCUGCUCCAUUUGCUUGCUCAUCGCUCUGGAAUGUAUGCCUGCUUGUUUGUUUUCUAAUGGGAAGGACUGUGCAGCUGCUGCUGUAUGCAAGCAGUACUAAUUACUGGUCCUCUAGUGUACUGGAGGCUUAGAUUCAUUCUUGGAGUAUGCAAUUUGUUUGUGGUGGAUUUUA